UGUAACCUUAGAGAAGCAACAUAUAAUAUAGUCCUUACCUUUAGUCGGCUCUCUUGGCAUGUGUUAGCUGUUUUAACCCUGCGUGCUGCCACACCCAGUCACGUCUAUGAGAAUCCUAAACCCUUUAGAUGAAACGGUUGUGAAGGCGAUGUUGUAGCCUUUUUGGAGAUGUUAUAGUCGGCGAGGGACAGAAAUGAAAUGCGGAGCUCGACGGACCUGUCCCUGGCUCCGCUUGAGAGAAGGCUCAAUGCGAACAAGCAUAACCAGAGCUCCGGUGCUCGCGUGGCCGACACGUCUCCUCUUCGGGGCACAUCAUUCGCUGCUGGAGGCGGUCAUCGGGGCGGUCCUUUCCCACCGGUGCCACGUCCGAUAGCAACCGCUUCUCCCUACGUCAUGACUGCUCCCCGACGUCUGCCCCCCAGCGGACAGAUCACCGAGUCCCUACGUGCCGCUCCGGAGCCGCCAACGCUGGCCUCCCUGCCCAGACUCGACUCCAUCUCCGCCAUCCUCAGCGGUGGCGGCAGCGGCGGUGGGAUCGACAGGGUUGGCGCCGCUGCUGGUGGCGGCGGUGGUGGCGGUGGUGCAGCUGGGGGCGGAGGCGGGGGCGCCAGCAGUCACCGGCACUCGCCCACCCCCACCGCCACCGCCACCCAGCCCGGUGGCGGCACCGCAGGCACCCGGGCGGGACCCUCGGGCAACCCCCUGGGAGGGGCCCAGGCCCCCCGCGGCGGCCGCAGCUCCGCGCCACCUCGCUCGCCCCGUGAGAGCCACCACGGGUGCACCGGGCCGGGGGGUCUCGGAGCUGGAGGAGGAGGAG